AUGAUGUACAACGCAAAGUUCGUGGCCACCUUUGCUGCUCUCCUCGCCUCGGCGAGCGCAGGUCCCAGCGUACAACUCGACAACGGUCUCACGGUGCAAGGCCGGAUCGCCCCUGAUGCCUCCAAUGUUGCGGAGUUCCUUGGCAUCCCCUAUGCCGCGCCGCCUCUCGACGACUUGCGCUGGGAACCCCCUCAGACCUACGUCGUUCCCCAGUCGAGCAGUCCUUUUGCCAAUAGAACUGUCCUCAACGCCACGGCACUGCCGCCUUCGUGCUGGCAGUACAUCUCCAUUCACCCAGCCAUCCAGCGCGUCGACGUGCCCGAGUUCAUGAUUGGCGAUGCCGGCAUGGAUGAAGACUGCCUUACCGCCAGCGUGUGGGCCCCCGCCGGCGCCGUUCCCGCCACCGGUGGGCAGCAGACUUCCGGGGAGGGACUCCCGGUAAUCAUCUGGUUCUAUGGCGGCGGCUUCGAGACGGGCGGCACCGACGUGCCUUACCAGAUGCCACAGAACUGGAUCCAACGCUCGCAAUCGCACAUCUUCGUCACUUUCAACUACCGCAUGAAGCUCUUUGGUUUCCCCAGCUCGGCCGCGCUUAAGGAGCAGAACCUCGGGCUGAUGGACCAGCGCUUCGCCGUUGAGUGGAUCCGUGACAACGUCGCCAAGUUCGGCGGCGACCCGGAGCGCAUGACCAUCUGGGGCCAAUCGGCUGGUUCCGUCGCCGUGGACUACUACAACUUCGCAUACGCCGAGGACCCCAUCGUCAGAGGCCUCAUCAUGGAUUCUGGCACGGCGCAUCUGGACCAGCUGAUGAACCACGACGAGAGCCACUCCAACUUUACGUUUGUCGCGCAACAGUUAGGAUGCGGAAACCUGACGGACGCCGAGGCUGAGUUGGCAUGCAUGCGCAAGAUUCCCGCUGAGAAGCUUGAGAACUUUGUGGCUACUUACAAGGAUUCCGAGGUUACGCCUACCAUUGGUUUCUCUCCUCAGGUUGAUGGCAAGAUUGUUUUUGCCAACUACACUGAGAAGGCUGCGCUUGGCGAAUUUUCCGAUCUUCCCGCUAUCAUUGGUUUCAACGCCGCGGAGGGCCUAUUCCUGGCUCCCUACGAUGCUGAGAAUGGUCCUGACCCGGCCGUUGCAGACGCCUUGUCCUACCAAUAUUUCUGGUGCCCAACAACCAAGACCACUAAUGAGCGUCUUGCCGCGGGGCGAACCACGUACCGCUACUACUACUCUGCCGUUUUCCACAACACCUCGCCGCGCCCGUGGAUGGGUGCCUACCACGGCAGUGAACUUCCCCUGAUCUUCGGCACGCACGCCAACUUCCGCGGCAACUCUACCGCCUUCGAAUAUGAGCUCAGUCACAUCAUGAUGGAUGCGUAUGCCGCUUUUGUGAAGGACUCGACCGCGGGUCUGGAUGCCAUUGGGUGGCCUGUUUAUACAGCCGAGGCUCGUUUGGUUCGUAGCUACGGCCAAAACAACAACGUUACCGUUGGCAAGCGCACCCUGUCUGAUAUUGAGGCUGAGUGUGCAAGCUUGGGAUAUUUGUAG